AUGAGGCGUCAGGCAAUCUACAUCAGUACCAAUGAAGAAGAGAACAUGGUACUUUCCGUCCCUAUUGACGAGCAAGGUAUGCUUGGAGAAGGUUCGACGACUGCGACCGGCGGCGCUGGCGCAGUCAGUAUCGAUGGAUCCACGGACGAACCGGCUGGCGUUGACCCUCUGGUCUCCCAAUCUGCUCUGACCGUUGCAGGCAUGAAUAUCUUCGCUGUCAACGCGGGAUCCAACACAGUCUCCAUGUUCUCCAUUGACAAAGCCGACCCCACGAAGCUGACCCUGAUCGGCCAGCCCGUCGAGGUGCCAGGCGAGUUCCCCAACACCGUGGCGGCCUCAAUGAAGAACCGUCUUGUAUGUGUCGGGGCGACCGGUGCCACGGCCGGUGUGUCUUGUGCCCACUUCGACCGGAAGAACGGCAUUGGAGCUAUGGAUGCUCCACGUCCGUUCGAUCUUGGACAAACGACGCCGCCUGUUGGCCCCACAAACACCGUCUCGCACGUCUUCUUCUCCGAAGACGAGAGCACUCUCUUCACCACCGUCAAAGGUGACCCGCCGGCGAACAAUACUGGCUUUUUGGCUGCCUUUCCUGUUCAUCCAUCAUGCCGUGGCGGCACUGUUGGCCUGCAAGGUGUCAUGUCUUCCCCAGACGACACACUUGUUCUCUUUGGCUCCACCGCCAUUCCCGGAUCAACCGACAUCUUCGUUACCGACGCCUCUUUCGGCGCCACUGUUCUGUCGAUCGGCACUGACAUGCAGGCUACCACCAAAGGACGCAGUGCUGUAGAUGGUCAAUCCGCGACGUGCUGGGCUACCAUCUCACCGGCCAGCAAAACCGCUUUUGUGACGGAUGUUGGUGUGAACCGCAUUGUCGAGAUGUCCAUCGAGGACGCUUCUAUCCUCAACGAGAUUGACCUAAGCGCCAACGGCCAACCUGGCAUGAUUGAUCUCACGGCCGUCGGUCAGAUGAUCUACGCCCUCGCUCCCGGCAACAGCGGAAAAGAGCCAACGAUCGUGGUAGUCAAUGCAGUUACCCGGGAGAUGGUGCAGGAGAAAGCGCUGGGAAAAAUGGGGGCGACCAAUAGGGUGCAAGGAUUAGCUGCGCUAAGGGUAUAA